ACCGCCCCCCAGGCUCCAUCGUCACAUGACAGGCUCUUAGGCAUCAUGGCGGCGGCCGUGGUGCAGCGUCGGGGCUGAGCGACAGCGGGUGUAGUGGGCUCUUACCUGGGGUGGGAUCGUCGGUGGGACCUGAACGCGGGCGGGCGCGGCCCCCCAGGACCAUGUCGGGGUCCGACACCGCGCCCUUCCUCAGCCAGGCGGAUGACACGGACGACGCACCGGUCCCCGGCACCCCAGGCUUCCCGGGGCCCCUGGGGAACCUUAAGUCCGAGGGUCCGGAGGUCCCGGACCCGGAGGGGCUGCAGCGCAUCACGGGCUUGUCCGCGGGCCAUUCGGCUCUCAUCGUGGCCGUGCUGUGCUACAUCAACCUCCUCAACUAUAUGGACCGCUUCACCGUGGCUGGCGUCCUUCCCGACAUCGAGCAGUUCUUCGCCAUCGGAGACAGCAGCUCCGGGCUCAUCCAGACCGUGUUCAUCUCCAGUUACAUGGUCUUGGCACCUGUGUUUGGCUACCUGGGGGACAGGUACAAUCGGAAGUAUCUGAUGUGUGGGGGCAUUGCCUUCUGGUCCCUGGUGACACUGGGGUCGUCCUUCAUUCCCAGAGAGCGGUUCUGGCUGCUCCUCCUGACCCGGGGCCUGGUGGGGGUCGGGGAGGCCAGUUACUCCACCAUCGCCCCCACCCUCAUCGCUGACCUCUUCGUGGCAGACCAACGGAGUCGCAUGCUCAGCGUGUUCUACUUCGCCAUCCCAGUGGGCAGUGGUCUGGGUUACAUUGCCGGCUCCAAAGUGAAGGACAUGGCUGGAGACUGGCACUGGGCUCUGAGGGUCACACCAGGUCUGGGAGUGGUGGCUGUCCUGCUGCUGUUCCUAGUAGUACGAGAGCCGCCGAGGGGAGCUGUGGAGCGCCACUCAGACUCACCACCCUUGAACCCCACCUCCUGGUGGGCAGACCUGAGAGCUCUGGCCAGAAACCCCAGUUUCAUCCUGUCUUCCCUGGGCUUCACGGCCGUGGCCUUUGUCACGGGCUCCCUGGCGCUUUGGGCCCCUGCGUUCUUGCUGCGUUCCCGCGUGGUCUUGGGGGAGACCCCUCCCUGCCUUCCUGGAGACUCCUGCUCUUCCUCUGACAGCCUCAUCUUUGGGCUCAUCACCUGCCUGACCGGGGUCCUGGGUGUGGGCCUGGGCGUGGAGAUUAGCCGUCGUCUUCGCCGCUUCAAUCCCCGGGCCGACCCACUGGUCUGUGCUGCUGGCCUCCUGGGCUCUGCACCCUUCCUCUUCCUGUCUGUCGCCUGUGCCCGUGGCAGCAUCGUAGCCACUUAUAUUUUCAUCUUUAUUGGGGAGACGCUGUUGUCCAUGAACUGGGCCAUUGUGGCUGAUAUUCUGCUGUAUGUGGUGAUCCCUACGAGACGCUCCACUGCUGAGGCCUUCCAGAUCGUGCUGUCCCACCUGCUGGGGGAUGCCGGGAGCCCCUACCUCAUUGGCCUGAUCUCCGACCGCCUCCGCCGGAGCUGGCCUCCGUCCUUCUUGUCUGAGUUCCGGGCCCUGCAGUUCUCGCUCAUGCUCUGCGCUUUCAUCGGGGCCCUGGGCGGGGCUGCCUUCCUGGGCACCGCCAUCUUCAUUGAGGGUGACCGCCGGCGGGCCCAGCUGCAUGUGCAGGGUCUGUUGCACGAGGCAGGGCCGGAAGAUGACCGCAUCGUGGUGCCCCAGCGAGGCCGCUCCACCCGGGUCCCCGUGUCCAGCGUGCUCAUUUGAGGGGCUGUCACUCACCUACCUGCACACCUACCACAGCUGGCCUCGGGCCCACCCCAGGAGGUUCCCGGGCCCAGGCCCCCAGCUUGGCCCCGCUUCCAGGAGGGGCACUGGGCCGCGUUCCCGCUCCCAUACACUACAGGGUGGCCAAGGGUGGGGGGGGGGCGGUGUGAAUCCAGGAGGGGACCCCUCUCCACUGGAGCAGCCCCAGGGGCUUGGUGCUAUUUGUAACUGAAUAAAAUUUGUAGUCAGACCCCAA